AGAGGCUGCCCUGGCCUCAGAGGGUGGAUGAAGUGGGGCCUGGGAGCAGCUCAACCCACCCCGCAGGCUGACUGGCACUGAAGGGUCUGGCGCCCCAGGCCUGGAGAACUGGGCGGGGCUAAAAUCGCGGAAGAAAUCUCGGAUCUGCGACCCCGGGGUCCAGUAGUGUGUCCAGGGAAAGGAGCCAGGCCUGACAGCCCGCCAGAUUCUACGCAGCAGGGAAACCUCAACUAGCUCCGGGGAUCCCACCGCUCCAGACACCGCUUCUCCUAGACAACCUCACCUGAGGCCACACCCCCACCGCCUACUGCCUGCUGGGACUUGUAGUCCAUAGGAGCGAGCCAGACGCCCGAUGUGCCCGCAUGUAUUGACAAAAGCAGGGUACGGGAGGUUGUAUUCUUGGUCUGAGGAAGGGCUUCUGAUCUGGAUGCAGCAUGUACACACCCGUCCCCCACAGCGGCUCCCCGUUCCCAGCCUCUGUGCAGGCUCCUGGCCUGCACAUAUGGCGAGUGGAGAAGCUGAAGCCAGUGCCUGUGGCCCCCGAGAACCAGGGCGUCUUCUUCUCUGGGGACUCCUACCUGGUGUUGCACAACGGCCCAGAAGAGCUCUCGCACCUGCACCUGUGGAUAGGCCAGCAGUCGUCCCGCGAUGAGCAGGGAGCCUGCGCCGUGCUGGCUGUGCACCUCAACACACUGCUUGGGGAGCGGCCUGUGCAGCACCGCGAGGUGCAGGGCAACGAGUCCGACCUCUUCAUGAGCUACUUCCCGAGGGGCCUCAAAUACCAGGAGGGUGGAGUGGAGUCUGCCUUUCACAAGACCUCUCCAGGGACAGCCCCGACUGCCAUCAAGAAACUUUACCAGGUGAAGGGGAAGAAGAACAUCCGGGCCACUGAGCGAGCGCUGAGCUGGGGCAGCUUCAACACUGGGGACUGCUUCAUCCUGGACCUGGGCCAGACCAUCUUCGCUUGGUGCGGGGGGAAGUCCAACAUCCUGGAGCGCAACAAGGCGAGGGACCUGGCCCUGGCCAUCCGGGACAGUGAGCGGCAGGGCAAGGCCCAGGUGGAGAUCGUCACCGAUGGGGAGGAGCCUGGCGAGAUGAUCCAGGUUCUGGGCCCCAAGCCUACUCUGAAGGAGGGCAACCCCGAGGAGGACCUCACAGCUGACCAGACCAAUGCCCAGGCCGCAGCUCUGUACAAGGUCUCUGAUGCCACCGGACAGAUGAACCUGACCAAGGUGGCCGACGCCAGCCCCUUUGCUCCCGAGCUGCUGAUUCCUGAUGACUGCUUCGUGCUGGACAAUGGGCUCUGUGGCAAGAUCUACAUCUGGAAGGGGCGAAAAGCUAAUGAAAAGGAGCGGCAGGCAGCCCUCCGGGUGGCCGAGGACUUCAUCUCCCGUAUGCAGUAUGCCUCCAACACUCAGGUAGAGAUUCUUCCCCAGGGCCGAGAGAGUCCCAUCUUCAAGCAGUUCUUCAAGGACUGGAAGUGAGGAUGGACGCCGCCCUGUCCUGCUUUCCUGCCUGCCUCCGCCUGCUUUCUCCUCCUCUGGAUGCCCCCCUGCUGAUGUUCAAUAAAGGAAACCAGUGCCUUCCCAGCUCUUCUCCCGUCCCUGUUCACCCAGUUCAGCCUCACGCUGGGCUGAGGCUGAAGCAGACCUGGCACUGGCUUUGCAAGCCUGAGGCAGAGGAAUUGGGAGUUCCAGCGGCCGCCAGGCACUGCUGUGCACUUAAUAAGGA